UGCAGGAAAGCGACUAUUGAAGCGAAAAAAACGGCCUAAAGAGCCAAAUUGACGGCUAAACUUUUUUCCCGCCAAUUAGUUUGCUAACAAUUUCCUUUAGCCGUCGUAAAAUGAAGGCAAGGAGUCCAGUCCCCAUCCGUCUGCAUGGCAGCGGCGACUAAACAUGCACUUUGAAAUUCUGCACCAGUCCGGUCCCAAUGCCUGAAUAUUCAAUAUGCUCUUCGAUACGGCCACUUCGUCGCUAAAUGGCGCAGUCGUACAAAGCUGUUGUUCUCUGCAGUGUCAAAAAUGUUCCGAGUUGGCGCCCUCGGGCCGAAAUUCUGGUGCCUGAACCAGCUCGGCUCGGCGUCCACAGGGAAGUCAUUGACCAUAAGCAAACUCUCAGAGGGACAGUUGGUAAACUCGCCGGACGGCUUUUAUAGAACACCGGAGGUUUCGCUUUCAACGUUGCUCAAGGAGGUGGACAUUGAUAUACUUAACAUUAUCGGUCCAGCCCGUUUGCUCUAUUUUGGCCUUUUAGUAUCCUCUCUUGGUGCAUGUCAGCCCUGAGCGACGCCCGGCGAGACGAAUGUGGUGGCAUAUGCAUGAUGGAGGAGAAAAUGGCCUGUGGCUACCUGCUCUGCCAGGCGAAAGAAAACAAGCAGGCCUCGACCAUGGUCUGUCAGUGCACGGGAAUAGAUAGCGGGAAGGGACGGAGUGCCCAAAAGGAAGAACCUUCUCAGAAGACUUCAAACCCGCUCAGCGAAGGCAUUAUUGGCGGCUUAGGCGAACGUACAUACAUUCACGGCGCCAUGGCCGAACAGCAGAGGAGAGCAAGAAAAGAAAUAAACGGGCCUUGAUUCGAGUAAUCAGGACAUAUGCCAAUGCUUGAGUAUAUGCAAGUAUGCAUUUGAGGCCAUAUUCAGCUUGUUGCUCGUUUCGCUUCGCUUUACCAAGCUUGCUAUGUCCGCAAAGGAGAGCUGGCUCGCGUG